GACAUCGAUGUUUCUCCACCUCCACUGCAAUUUUGUUUUCAUCUGGAAAAGAGACUUUUGGCCAUGUCUUUAGCUCGUACUAGCAGAGCCGUCCUGUAGAGUGUCCUUGAGCGACUUGCCAGCGCAGAGCGAACCCCGGUAUCCCCGAAUCCCGAUGAACGCCAGCGGUAACGGAGGAGCAGCGCCUGUCUCUGGAGGAGUGGGCGGUGCAGGAGGUGCGCACGGAGGAGCUGCUGGCGCAGGUGGUGCUGGAGGUGGUGGGGCAGGCGGGGGCGGAGGAGGAGCAGCAGCAGCUGGCCCUGGCGCAGGGCCCGGAGGCGGGGCAGCUGUCGCAGCAGCGGAUCAGGCUGGCGACGCAGCUGGCGGUGCAGCCGGUGGAGCAGCUGGUGGAGCCGCUGGCGAUGCCUCGGCCAACUCCCCGGGCAAUGCCAAUGGAACCAACGCCAGCACAUCGGACAACCCAGCGAAUGGAGCCGCCUCCAGCGAGGAUCAGGACGCCAAGCGGCGCAAGUGCCGCGAGACAGAGGAAGGCCAGGAUGGAGCGAGCACGAUGAUCGAUGCGAACAGUGUGCUCAACAAGAUCGCCAACCUGUACGCCGAGCAGCUGAUGUCGGACAUAGUGCUGCUGGUGGACGGCAAGGAGUACCCCGCCCACCGCGUCAUCCUGUGCGCCAGCAGCGACGUCUUUCAGGUGAUGCUCAUGAAUCCGGAGUGGAACGAGUGCAGCAAGCAUGUGAUCGAGCUGCACGAGGAGGCCUGCUGCUCGGCGGUCUUUCCGCAGUUUAUCAAGUACCUGUACGUGGGCCACAUCGAGGUCACGCUGCAGACGGUGAUGCCGAUGCUGGCGCUGAGCGACAAGUACAAUGUGCGCGACCUGAUCGAUCUCUGCGUGGGCUACAUGAACAAGCACGUGGCCAAGGCGGCCACCAGUGGCUACCUGGUCUCCUGGCUGCAGUACACGCUCUCCUUCACGCCCACCCACAACGAUCUCACCGAGACGCUGAAGCGGUUCCUCAAAUGGAACCUCGAGAUGGUGGCCGAGUCGCGCGACUUUGUGGAAAUGGACCCGGCCAUCUUGCAGCUGCUGCUGCAGCAGAACGAUCUGGUCGUCACCAGCGAGUACAAACUGUUCGCCAUCCUGCAAACGUGGCUGCUGCAUCGCCGCGAACAGAUGGAGGCCACGGCCAGCGGCAGCUUCAUGGAGCUGAUCGAGCAGACGGUGUCCCACAUCCGCUUCGGCAUGAUGACGCCGCGCCAGCUGUCGCACCUGCUGAUGGAUCCGCUGAUCGAGUACCACAAGGAGUUCCUGGUCGAGCGCAUCGCCAUCGGCAUGAGCUACCAGUCGGGGCAGGAGGAUCGGGUGCGCGAGGUCAGGGCCACCGAAUCGGGUGAGCUGCAGUUCACGCCGCGACUCUACUGGAACGACACCUGGAGCGUCGACAUCGAUGUGCACAACUUCGACGCGAUCGAGGACUACAAGAACUAUGUGACCUGCUUCUUUUCGCAGCGCCACAUCGCCGAGACUGAAGAGGACGAUCCCGGCAUGACCUGGGAGAUAGAGUUUUUCCCGCGGGGCGUCAGGUACAACAAGGCCAAAAUGGUGUGGGGCGAGGACGUGCCGGGCUGCUCCUUGAACACAGUGCGCCUACGGGUUACCUGCAAGCACCAAAACAUUGGCGAGGAGCGCUUCAAGAUCGCCGUGCUGAUCGUGGGCGUGCAGAACCAGAUCAUGCACAUCCGCACGGUGGUGGAGCGGACGGAGUACUUCUCGGACACGUCGCGCGUCAUCAACCUGGACAACCUGCUGCCGUACGAGGAGCUGGAGCACACAUCCCCCUACUUGAGCCCCCACCUGACGGGCACCGCACGCAACACACUGACCCUGCACGUGGUCAUCACGCCGAUGGGCGCCCACACCUGCCGGGAUACGCCGCCGUUUCAGUUCUAGACACGGUGGCCGCUUGGGCGGGCACCUGGACUACAGCACUCCGUACUUUCCGGCGCAUCCGCUGGCACCUCAUGGCCCGCAUCCGCCUCCGCAGCCCCCACUGUAUUUCACUCUUCCACUCAAUGUUUGUAUGUAUGUAUAAAUCCAAUGCGACUGCGACUCCCCUUGGGCUCAAUCUGUGCGAUCCCCACCGGCGGGAUGCUCCCCUCCCCCCACCCCGCAAUAUGUUUUGUUAUAAGUUUUUGUUUUUUUUUUUCUCGUACCUUUUGUCCUUUAAGAAGGAAAGUGAGUGAGUUCUUAGGCAGGGCCAUAAUCGCUGAUGGCGGAUCGUGGAUAGUUGGUACUGGCCAAGGGGGGUGUGGGCAACACCUAGACUAUGGAAUGCAGAUUUUCAAAUAAACGUUGAUGUGCAAAGAAGGAAAACCAAAACCAAAACCAAAACCCUCCCGACAUGGCCGAGAAAGAGAGGGCUCUUGCUGUCUCGCCCCCCGUCUGUUUGCCAAUGCGUAGAGCAUCGGUUUUAGUGUUUUGCAGCCGAUAGAUACGUGUGUAUCCGCUUGCUUGUGACCACCCGGCUCUUGGGAUCCCUUUACGAGUGCGUUUACGGCCCGGGGAUCAACCCGUCGCGUCUCGGGGGCCUAUCUUUACGAGCUCUGCCGGCAGUGACUUGGCCAUACUGCCCGCCUGCAGGGCGGGACGCCAGAAUACAAAACAUAACGAAUGCCGGGCCAGGUCCAGGCAUGGCUCGUCGAUCGAAUUGAUUCAAUCCUGGCGUUAAUGUAGUUGUUAAAUAAAAUGUCUCUUCAAAAAUCAGCUAUGGUCUAUUAUUGAAGUUUGCGUUUUCAUUAGACUGAACUAAAGAGUAGAAUUACGGUCGCUUAACGUUAUCAUUUAGUGUCUUCGCUUUUAAUUUAAUUAUCUCCUAGUGUUGACCAGUCAUUUUGUACAACAACCUCUCUGAAGCCUCUAAUAAAGGUGUCGAAAACUACAACUAAAUGUUUUAUUACCUCUUGUAGUACAAAUACGAUAUAUGAUAUGCUUGCAUGCGAGUGCCAAUAAAGUGUUUUGUUUCACCUCAA